CCUUCUGCGAAAUAAUUUGUUGUAUGGCCAACCUGGAAAUUGCAGACAACCACUGAAAAGGGAUAACAUGAAGCUCACUGUGUAUGACUCUUCUUUGCUUCAAGCCUUGCUGACAUGUUUGAUAUUGAAAUCACAAGCAGCAGUGGUGGAGGACUUCAACCACGUAGACCGCUGUAAGGAUUUCCUUUACAUGGGCACUCCACCACGAGCUUACCUCAGUUCCUCACUAAAAAAGAUCUGUCAGCAAUAUAUGGACAAGCCCCGCUUCAUCUCCUUCUACGACCCCCAAAAACACAUCCCAAUAUACUCAGCUUACACCUUCGAGAAAUCAGACGGGGACAAGCGAGGAGAUGUUCCCUGGAUGUUUGAACCACAGCUGGCAACUGAGAAGGGUAGUAGUAACAUGGAGCCCUUUCCCCAGUCCUCCUUAAUGCACAAAAACUUUGAAGACACACAGGCUGUGCUGGAUGACUAUGCUGAUGUGAUCCAAUAUGAACGUGGCCAACUGAACCCAGAUGAGCAUCAGGCGGACCCGAUGGACAAGGCUGCCACCUAUACCUUGACAAAUGUGAUUCCUCUGAUAAGGGAGUUUAGUUUUGGGCCCUGGAGCACACAGGUAGAGCUUAUCCGCAGACGACUUAACAACUAUUGUCACGGAAAAGCUUAUGUGAUAACUGGGGUGACAACAUCGGGUAACAUGAUCCGACGUGAUAACCUAGAUCGAGUGGCCAUUCCAGAGUACAUUUGGACAGCCUAUUGCUGCACAGAUUUUGAUCACAAUGCGCCUUAUUCAGAGCGCUAUAAGCUUCCCGUGUUUGGGGCUUAUGGCCUUAAUGAUCGUGUGAACAACCAUAUAGUGGAAGUUCCAAUUAAAAAUCUAGAGAAGUUUCUCAAGGGCAAAAUGGAUGUGGAUAAGAGCUUCCAGAUCUUUUACAGUGACUGUGUGCCAGACUCGUAAGGUAUCACAAACUAAUCUACCUGGUUCAUCACAUUACAUUGAAAUAUAAAAUGUAUAGUAAUUGUAUGC